AUGCCCGGCUCAAUUCAACCAGCACUGGGUCACCCCGCCGGCCUUCCGCUCUCUCCGCAGGGGGAGCGUUGCGUCGAGCCCGGGGCUACUAAACUGCCGCCUCCUCCCUUAGAAUCCGAUGCCAAAUCGCUCAAGGACCAGAAUGGCCAUGUUAAUGCUCAGCGCCCUGAGGUAGCACACUCAUCCCAGACCCAAACCACUUCCCAAAGCUCUCAACAGAGUCAACAAACCCAGCUCUCUCUGCCCAAUAACGUCACCAUCAACGACGACCCCACGACUCCGACCAGGACGUUUGUCCGCUUGCCACCCGCUCUCUCUUCCUAUCUGACUCCUGCCAUUCCCACGCCCACGACGGACACUGCCCCAGAGACUCCCCGAGUCAUCCCCCAGUCCGUGGCGGCCCGCGAUGCUGAUCGCGUUGCUCAGCCGCAGUCGCAGUCCUUAGUUGCUCCCGCAGCCGCCUCCAGCACGCCGAACACCUCGGAUAACUAUAAGCCGAAUCAUCCAGCCCAGGUUGCUGCUCACCAGAACAGCCAGAACUUCCGUCUGCAGCCGGCUCCGGCACUUGCCCGCGGCCACAAGAAGAACGCUCUCUCGAUCGAGUCUGUCCCGCGACAGACUAUUAUGAAGGCAUUGGCCUCGGUAGCCCGCAAUAACAAGCCCGAGGCCCUCUCCCUGACCAGCAUGCUCUCCGCCAACGCUCCAGGCGACAACGGGCCCGCGUCGGCCUCGUCGCAGCAGUUCUGUGACGCCCUCAACGGUCUGACCCAGGCCCAGAACGCCCGCUCGGCCCCCCAGCCGCCGUCGGCCAUCUUCCCUUCCCUGCAGUCGCCUUGCUUCUACCACAACCGCUUCGAUGAUGCGGUCGAUAUCGACAAGGUCCUCGAGGAGAUUAAGAAUGACGAGUGGAUGUCGCACUCGCGUCUGGUGCAGAUCUCAACGGGCGUCCGCGAGGUGUCUAAACAGCUACAGCGCCGGCCCAUCCGCCGCGCGGUCAAGAACGUCAUGAUCGUUACCAAGGCCCGUGACAAUCAGCUGGUGCUGUUGACUCGUGAGCUGGCCCUCUGGCUGCUCAAGACCCCGCGGUACGGGUCCGACCUGGGUGUCAACGUCUAUGUUGAUGCCAAGCUGCGCCACUCCAAGAGGUUCAAUGCUCGGGGCAUCCUGGACGAGAACCCGCGCUUCCAGGACAUGCUGCGGUACUGGACGCCCGACCUGUGCUGGAGCCAGCCCGAGAAGUUCGACCUGGUUCUCACCCUCGGUGGCGACGGCACGGUCUUGUUCACAUCCUGGCUCUUCCAGCGCAUUGUGCCCCCCGUCCUGUCCUUCAGCCUGGGUAGCCUCGGCUUCCUGACUUCCUUCGAGUUCGAGCGCUACAAGGAGCACCUCAACCGCGUCAUGGGCGACGAAGGCAUGCGUGUCAACCUCCGCAUGCGCUUCACCUGCACCGUCUACCGCGACACGCCCAACGGCCACGAAAUGGAAGAAGGCGAGCAGUUCGAGGUCCUCAACGAACUUGUCAUCGACCGCGGCCCCUCCCCCUACGUCUCUAACCUCGAGCUCUACGGGGACGACGAGCUCCUCACCAUCGUCCAAGCCGAUGGCAUCAUCCUGUCGACUCCGACGGGCUCAACUGCCUAUUCCCUCUCCGCCGGCGGCUCCCUCGUCCACCCGGACAUCCCCGCCAUCCUCUUAACUCCAAUCUGCCCACACACCCUCUCCUUCCGCCCCAUGGUCCUCUCCGACACCAUGCUCCUGCGCGUCAGCGUGCCGCGUAACUCUCGCGCCGGCGCGUACUGCGCCUUUGACGGCAAGGGACGCAUCGAGCUGCGGCAGGGCGACCACGUCACCAUUACCGCGUCGCAGUACCCGUUCCCGACGGUGCAGCGGACGGAUACGGAAUGGUUCGAUAGCGUAUCGCGGACGCUGAGGUGGAACACGAGGGCGGCGACGCAGAAGGCUUUUGUCGCCAAGACAGGGGAUAAUAAUAACGGAAGUCAGACGGACGAGGAUGAGGAUGAAGGGUAUGAUAUUGAUACGGACUCGGCAUGCUACCCGAGUGAGGAGAGCAGUACCGCGGCGAGCCCGUUAAGGAGGCAGAUGAGUAUGUUGGGGUUGUGA